GCCAGAGACAAGAAUUGUUUGUAUGGACAUACAAACAAUUCUUGCCAGUUGCAGUUCAAGGUCAACCAAAAUAUGUAUACCUUGGAUGCCACUGAUUCUUUUGCCAUUGAGCAACCAUCUGGCACCUAUGUCUACGACAUAGUGCCCGUCGCUGGUGGCAUCGUCUCCAUCUCCUCUGACGACACAGUGCGCCUCUUCGAUCCAUCAAAUCUUCAACAAGGACCAGUGUACAGCGUACCGACACUUAAUCCGGAGGUCACGUGCCUCGAGGCUCUCGAUCACCAAGGCUCCAUUGUGUGCACUGCAGGGAGAGACGGCAAGGUAACGAUUCUGGACUUGCGACAGCAGUCGCGAGUAGCUCAAAUAGGGACUGGACACAACGCCCCCAUAUUGUCUCUCGCAACAUGCAAAGAUGCAUAUGCAGUUGCAGCGGGCACGGAACUUACCAAUGGCCAAGCAGAGGUUAUUAUAUGGGACACCCGAAGCCUCAAUGCCCCAAGGCUUCAAUACACAGAAAGCCACAACGAUGAUGUUACAGAGCUUCAAUACCAUCCCACCGAGACGUCUAUGCUGUUGUCAGGGUCAACGGAUGGGCUUGUUAACCUGUACAACACGACGAUACUUGAGGAGGAAGAUGCUCUUCACCAAACACUAAAUCAUGGCUCGUCCAUCCACAAGGCAGGAUUUCUCAAUAACCUUGACAUAUUCGCAUUGUCGCAUGAUGAGAAAUUUGCCAUAUAUCCAAUGAUAACAAACACAGAAGCCAGCGUUGAAGAGCCACCAUCAACUCAGUUUGGCGAUUUACGAGAAAGCCUUGGAUGUGAAUAUGUGGCAAGUGUGUUUGGUAGACCCAAUGGAGGUGUUGUUGGCAUUGGGAGUCACAGCCAGUCAAAUUUUAGCCUUGUGCAGCUUAAAAAUAGUCCCCCUUGGGCAAUCUCGACCGAGUCACCUGUUACGUUAUCUGGUGGCCAUGGUGGGGAGGUCGUACGCUCAUUCUGCUUCUUAGACGAGUUUCGCAUGAUCAUAACUGGUGGCGAGGACGGGCAGAUAAAGGCAUGGAAGUUCGACGGGUAGCUAAAUUAUCACCUCGAAUUUUCCAUUCUCAAUUCUCCCAUGUAAAGUGAAUUGUUUAACUAAGAAUUGUUCAUAGUUUGUAACUCAAUAAAAAGGGCC